AUGACUGCUCUAACGUCACCAGAGAGCGUCUCGGACAACGAGAAAAAAACCCCAUAUGUUCAGUCUACAGCUGCAGAUGGAGCACUACAAUUACUGGAAGCCGGUUCGCCGAGCGUUCUGGAUCCCGCAGCUUCAGGACGACUAUUGCGCAAGAUCGAUUUGUAUAUCAUGCCAUUGAUCUGCAUCGUAUACUUCCUACAGUAUCUGGACAAAAUCGCCAUCAGUUAUGCCAGUGUCACGGGCCUGCGCGAGUCAGCAAACCUCCAGGGCAACCAAUUCAACUGGGUGUCGAGUAUUUUCUUCUUCGGCCAGCUAGCGCUCGCCUUCCCCACAAUGCGCGUGAUGCAAUUAUUUCCACUCGCAAAAUACGUCGCCGUCAACGUGACCAUCUGGGGCGCCAUCCUGGCCUCCAUGGCCGCAUGCAAGUCCUUCGCCUCCCUAAUGGUCUGCCGCACACUUCUGGGAGCUGCUGAAGCCUCCAUCAUCCCCGCCUGGGUGGUCUUCACCUCACAGUGGUACCGGAAGGAAGAACAGGCCUUCCGCGUCGGAUUGUGGUUCUCCAUGUGUGGAUUCGCGCAGAUGUUCGGCGGCUACGUCGCAUACGGCGUCGCAACUCACAUCGGUGGGGAUCCCAGUGCCUCCCUGCGAGGUUGGCAGGUCAUUUUCCUAAUCCUAGGUCUAUUGACCGUGGUAGUUGGCAUCCUUUUCUUUUUCUUCCUACCUGAUUCCCCCUUGACGGCGGGAUUUUUGUCUGUGGAAGAAAAGGCAUUGCACGCGGAGCGUAUUCGGAGUAACGCGCAGGGAAUCGGAAGCAAUGUCUUCAAACGCGAACAGGUUUACGAAGCCCUUACCGACCCUCACACCUGGCUCUACGCCUUCUGGGUCAUGGCGGCAAAUGUACCAAAUUCCACCGCCACGAGUUUCGGAAACAUCAUGGUAACGGGCAUGGGCUUCUCGAAAACAGAAAGUCUUCUGCUUGUCACCCCAAUGGGAGCUUAUGAGGUUGUGGCGCUGAUUGGCCUGACCUAUCUGGCAAUGAAGACACAGCGCCGACUCUUCUGGUGCAUCGUCGGCCACAUCCUGGCCAUCGUCGGCGCCAUCUUGAUGGCGACAACAGACAAGGUCCCCGCCCUUAUCGGAUACUACCUCACCGGAGGUAUUCCACUCGGAUGGACCACGAUUCUCGGACUCACCAGUACCAAUGUGGCUGGCUCGACCAAGAAGAUCACUGUGUCCUGCAUUCAGACCAUCGCUUACACUGUCGGCAACAUCAUCUCGCCCCAGACCUUCCAAGCCAAAGAUGCCCCAGGGUAUAUGCCGGCCAAGAUCUCAAUCUGCGUGCUGUAUUUCGUUGUCACGUUAGAUCUGUGCCUUAUCUGGUGGGUGUCGCAGCGGGAGAAUCGCCGUCGUGACCUGGAGAAGGAGGCAUUGGGUGAUGCGUACGUUGUUCCAGAGAACAGCGCAUUUUUGGAUCUCACGGACCGGCAGAAUCCGGAAUUCCGUUAUGCGAUAUGA